AGUGCAGCCAGAGUAGAGCGAGCAUCAUCGCGGAGGGGAUCCAUAGCCGGGCACCCAAAUCGCGUCCCUUCGAUCCUCCCUACCUACAUCUCGACCUUGCGACUACCUCACCUCGUCGCCCUCCUCCUCCUCCUCCACCUCCUCCUCCUGGCCUCCGAAGCCAACCUCCGACCCUCGACUCGACCCCCCGAGCCUCACUCCUCCAGUCUACGACGACGAGGCAUCUAGAUUGCCAGUAUCGAACAAGAGUGCUGUACAAAAGGAGGACUUCGAUAGUAGAUUCGAAGAAGACUCUUUCACUUAUCGUACGUGGUCCGGUGCUGCCGAUUCAGACACUCCGCGCUUCUUGACAUCGAGAACCUCCCGGCAAGACUUCGCUGUUCUCUGUCGGCGCCUCCAUCCUGUAAAAUCCGACCAAACAACAUCUUACAGCCAGCCCCUGAUGCGUUCAUCUCCUUGAAUGAAGAUGGAUUCCGAAGACGGGGAGUUUUUCAUUAAACAAUUGGCCAGUUUCGUGCGCACGCACGAGAAGGCACUUGCCAAUGCUCUACAGUUCAGACGACAGACUGUCUCCCGCCAUGGCUCUUCGCAGAGCGUAAGUUCUGUCACGGUGCCCCAGUCGCCUUCGACACUCCCCGAACGGCCAUCGACGUCUGCCUCCACCUCUUCCGGGCUUGCCGCUGCCCUGUCACUGGGCUCCUUGAGCUUCACUUCCCACAGCGCCAAGUCAGCCAAGCUUGCCCUGACCCCUCAUCACCUAUUCUAUCUUCUCUCUCGAUUCGAGGAACUCGGCACCCCUGUUGGACCCAUGAAGAUUAGGCUGGAGAACCUGCAUGACAGUUCCACCUCGGCCAAUUAUGUGUCCUUCCUCGGCAACACUCAGCGCUCUCGCAGCCGCGAAUCUGAUGUUGGCUCCAUUCACUCGGUGUCCAGUGUGCGAAGCGUCGUGUCUGGCAUGUCUGCUCUCUGGGCUAGUUUUGGCAUCGGUGCCAGUAUCUCUGCGGCUCGCACAGAGAGGCAGAAGGCCGCUCUACAAGCCGAUCUAAAAUACCUCUACUCCGCGUUCACCAAGAUUCCCUGCCUCCGGCUUUCGCCUGACUGGCGCGCCCGCCUGAUUCGUGGCUAUGAGGAGUUUCCGUUCGAUUCAGCUGUGCCGCUUUAUGUCUUCAAGAACGUCCAAGCUCUCGAGGUCAGCAGCAUAGACUUCCGGCAGUUCUUUGGCUGGGACCGUCUCGCCGACCAGCUUCGCUCUUUGACGCUGAAGCGUGCUGGCGUGGACGAUCCUGCUGACAUCCUUAUUGACAUUGUCCUGGAUGACAUGGAUAAACGUCGAAGACGCACCUCAAAGUCGCAAUCCUCCCCAACGACGCCGUGGCCUACGAGUACUAGUCCGCGACGCAGUCCCAACACAACGCAUGCCGAGCUUCACCGUUCUGCCUCUGCACCGGGUUCUCCUGACCCCCAAAGCCAUGGGGACAUGCGGGUCGGCUCCAUGACUCCCAGUGACCAUACUCUGGAGGUUGGCUCUGGAGACGGCAGGCGAAUGUCUCUCGCCAGGGCCGAAACAGACGAACCUAGGUCCCCGACAAAGUCCAAUAGGCCGCGUAGUAACUCUCCGACGCGACCUAUGGCCUCCCGCAACACCUCCACCAACGUACGAGGUGGCCACAAAGUCCGGAGAUCUGGCUCAGGGAGCUCGCAUUCCAGCCUGUCCGACUCUUGGCACCACGCUCGUCCAGGGAGCUCGUCCAAUAUGCUCAAUAUGGGCAUCUUGCCGGCUUCGAAGUGGCGCUUCCUCAAACAUUUGAGCUUGCCCGAUAACUCCAUGACAUCGAUUCCCGCCUCGAGCUUGGCCCCACUGGCCAACACAUUGCACUCCCUCGACCUGUCCUCGAACUUGUUCGUGCAAAUCCCUGACAGCCUUGCCACCCUAACCGCCCUUCGAGCCCUAAACCUGUCUCACUGCAUGAUCGACUCGCUGCACUCUCUGACCCGAAACCCGCUGCCGGCCAUCACCGCUCUCAACCUUCGCGGCAACCGGCUUCAGUCACUGGCCGGCGUUGAGAAGCUGUAUCCGUUAGAGCGUCUUGAUCUGAGGGACAAUCGCAUCACUGACCCGCUGGAGGUUGCCAGACUCACCGGUAUCCCCGACAUUCGCGAGAUUUGGGUCGAGGGGAAUCCGUUCACUAAAACUCAUCGGGACUACCGCAUUACAAUUUUCAAUCUGUUCCGGAAAACGCCGGGUUACACAGAAGAUAUUGUGAUCGACAACGUAGGCCCUAGCUACUCGGAACGGCGAUACCUUGUUGAAAGAGCGCCCGUCCCUGCUGCAGUGCCAGUUGUCAAGGCUCCGACCGCCGAUCUGCCUGCGGUCGAUGUGAGCAAGCCUGCGAUCAUAUACGAUGACCCCGUAGAAACCCUCUCCUCAUCGCGGAAGGAACGGCCCACACCCAAGGCCGUCACCAGCGAAGUCAACACCAGCUCGACCAGACGUCGAAAGGCGCCAAAGCGACGCAUUGUCGACCUUGCAACCCCAGAAACCGCCUUGACCGCCGCCGCUGCCCCAGCCGUGUCGCCUUCUGCUUCUGCAGGUAUCAGGGUAGUGACGGAAAAUGUCCCGACCGCCAAGCCCGUUGCAGAUAUCUAUCGGACGACCCAACUGCCGAAGGAGCAGUUACUUCCUCCCGUGGUCCUGUCCGAUUCACGAAAGGGAAUCUCCCAGCCAGCAGUGCCACGAUUUGAUGCGACCGUGGUGCCCGAGCUUCCUCCUCUUUAUACAUCCGAGAACGGAAUCAAUAGUUGGAAGGAUUCCCAAGAAUGGGACGUCAGCGGCGAACUAUACCGCCAGAAAAUUGAGGCGCUCCGUGACAAAGUCGGGAAUGGGUAUCUCAGUGCGCUCAGUGAGGAGAGCUGGGAUCCCUCUCGUCCACCGAGCUAUACCGUGCCCACUUUCAGCGCCGGCUCAACCAUACGGUCCAGCCCUACCACUCCACGCACUUCCAGCACUCAUACCCAACCACAACCGUCGCCUAUCCUCAGUGGACGCACGCUCGGCUAAGUCCCAGACCAGUCUUUGCAUAUGAUACCCCCUUCACUCCUCAUGAUAUUUCAUGAUACCCCAACUGGCCCGAGAUUCUACGGUUCUCAACUAAAGCGUUGCUUUAGCUUGAACCUCAAAGAGAGCCACCACCCCUUCACUUCACCCUUUUGGUUGCCUGUUUAAGUACUCUUUGAGCAUGUAUUUUUUUUAGCAUAGCGUAUACGGCGUUGGGACGAGACGGGCGGAUCUUUUCGAAUUCAUUUUUGACCUUUCUUCACUUUUCUACCACUGAGUUGGACAUGGCUUCAUGAUUCAAUUUGGCUGUAGGUCUUGUUCUGCUGCUGCAUGCUGCAGAAGGGAUGCUGCUGUGGUCUAUUUCUCACUUCACUUCACUUUGACAACGGCGUUUGUGAGAGGAGCGAAGUUUUUCGCACAUUGGUGGCUCUUGUCCAUUGUUAGCAUGGAAGAAGGGAAAAAAGACGCAUCUGUUCGCGUGGAAGGCACUAUUGCAUGCAGAUAGGGGCGGACCGCAGGUCAAGAUGAGCUGGUGUUUGGUUCUAAUACAUGAGAGACAUGCAUUCCACUUUUC